AUUAAACACAUGUAAAUCCCGCAUCCCCAUUCCCCCUUCUCUUUUCGACUUUUAAACCUUGUGCCAAGCAAUCCAAGCUAACUUUCUUUCUUCUGUUUUUUUUUGCCCCCAAAAGAAAUUCCUACACAAUUUUUCGAUCUCAAUUAGCUUAUUUACUUAUGCCUAUAUGGAGCACUAACGAACGAGUUUUUAAUCGAAUUUAUUUAUGAUCCUUUCAUGGGCGCAAUGACUCAUUGACAUCUCUAUUCUCUAGUUGCACACAACCCGUGCAAACUACUCCUAGAGAGUUUGGAUUGUCGUCCUUAUAAUUUACUCCUAGGCAAUAAGAACAGCAUCCCCUCAGUCCCGCCCAAAAACUCCAGCUAAAGGCGGCGCAAUCACCAUUUCCGCCAUCAUUGCAACUCCAUUUCAAUGGAUAAGCUCCCGAUUCUUCAAUUCGAAGACAAAAUCGUUGAAACAGUCAAGAACAACCUCGUCACUGUCUUAAUCGGAGAAACUGGUUCCGGCAAAAGUACCCAACUUUCCCAAAUCCUCUUCCGACAUGGUUUCGCCGAUUCCGGCACCAUUUGUGUCACACAACCUCGCCGUGUCGCCGCCGUCUCCGUCGCACGCCGUGUCGCCCAAGAAAUGGGGGUUCGACUUGGGGAAGAAGUUGGGUACGCAAUUCGAUUCGAAGAUCGAACUUCAACAAAAACCCGAAUUAAAUACCUAACUGACGGUGUUCUUCUUAGAGAGAGCUUAUCUGAUUCAGAACUUCGAUCAUAUUCUGUGAUAAUCUUGGAUGAAGCUCAUGAAAGGAGUUUGAAUAUGGAUAUUUUGAUGGGUCUUGUGAAAAGAUUGGUGGGUAUUCGUGAUUCGGCGAAUUUUAGGGUUUUGAUUACUUCGGCAACUCUUGAAGGGGAGAAAGUUUCUGAAUUCUUUAAUGGGUGUCCUGUGCUAAAUGUGCCUGGGAAGUUGUUUCCGGUGGAGGUGAUAUACACGGAUGAAGUGAGCAAGAGUUUUGUGGAGGCGGCGUUAAAGAAGGCGAUCGAUAUACAUGUUCGGGAGCCAGAAGGGGAUAUAUUGAUCUUCAUGACAGGUCAGGAGGAUAUAGAGAAGUUGGUGCAGAAGCUGGAGGAUCGAGUUAGGAGCUUAGAGGAAGGUUCUGUAAUGGAUGCUGUGAUUUAUCCACUUCAUGGGUCAUUGCCACCCGAGUUACAGGUUCGUGUUUUUAACCCUCCGCCGAGUAAUUGUAGGAGAUUUAUUGUUGCAACUAAUAUUGCUGAAACUUCUUUGACUGUUGAUGGGGUUGUGUAUGUUAUUGAUUCUGGUUAUGUUAAGCAAAGACAGUAUAAUCCUCAAACUGGGAUGUAUUCAUUAGAUAUUGUACAGAUUAGUAGAGUGCAGGCUAACCAACGAGCGGGGCGUGCUGGGAGGACACGCCCCGGGAAAUGUUAUAGGUUAUAUUCAUCUGUUGUGUAUAAAGAUGAUUUUAUGGAGGCCGCGGUGCCUGAGAUACAGAGAACCUCACUUGCAGGGAGUGUUCUGUAUCUGAAGUCUUUAGACCUCCCUGGCAUUGAUAUUCUUAAGUUUGAUUUUCUGGACCCGCCUUCUUAUGCGUCUUUAGGUGAUGCACUUAGGCAGUUGUAUCUCAUUGAUGCAAUAGAUGAGAAUGGAGCGAUAACGAGUGUUGGGAGAACCAUGGCUGAGCUUCCGUUGGAGCCUUCUUUGUCUAGGACUCUAAUAGCGGCCAAUGAGAAUGGAAGCCUUUCACAGGCUUUGACAAUUGCUGCCAUGUUAUCGGCAGAAACUUCUUUGCUUCCUAGUUUUGCUAAAGGGUCUGAAAAGAAACGGAAGCACACUCCCUUGAAGCUUCCUGAUGGAGGAGGUUUGGGUGAUCAUAUACAACUGCUGCAGAUUUUUGAGUUGUGGAAUAAAACAGGCUAUGAUAUUGAAUGGUGUAAAGAGUAUGGAUUGCAGAUACGAGGGAUGUCAUUUGUCAAAGAUGUUCGUGGGCAGCUGUGUCAGUUAAUGCUGAAGAUGGCCAAAUGUGCUACAGAAGUUCAAGGGAAACACAAGUCCAGAGAGAGAAAAAUGAAUUACAGAAACUUGAGGAGGGCAUUAUGUGUUGGUUAUGCUAAUCAGCUUGCUGAACGAAUGAUUCGCCAUAAUGGGUAUCGAACACUUGGGUUGAAGUCUCAGCUUGUUCAGGUACAUCCAUCAUCUGUGUUGCAACCCGAUGAGGAUGGAAUGCUUCCGAAUUAUGUUGUGUACCAGGAGUUGAUUACAACAUCUAGUCCAUUUAUGCGGAAUGUGUGUACUGUAGAAAUGCAAUGGAUCUCCCCCAUCUUAAAGAAGCUUGAGACUCUUGAUAUCAACAAACUCAGUGGGGGCUUCACUGAUCCUGAGGAUGGCAUUAAAGAGAAAGAUCAAGGUGUGUCAAAGAAGGAAGAUAAGGAUGUUGAGUCUCCUGCAGAUCGUGAUAGUAAAAUCCAAGCAGCUCGAGAGCGUUUCCUUGCUCGUAAAGUGAAGAAGUAGCUUUAGGUUUAGAGCUAUCUAUAUUGCCACAGAUAUUAGUCAUUUACUAGGUGAAAUUAAUUGUAGUUGUGUUAUAGGCCGUGUUUUUGCUGAUCUGAUGAACUCAUCUUCACCAUAACCAUGUAAUUGUAUCAUUUUGAGAUUUAUACAGAGUAGUAGUUUCUUGUUAUUGACA